AGAUCAGCUUUGACCACGCCGACCCGCCCUCCGGCAUACCGGUUCUCGUCACCCCCUUGUCUCUUUUAAUCAUCUAAGCUACCCUAUUAAUCCAUUCUCUUCCUGCUCAUUUCCUGUCUUGUCCCUCUGCAUAUUGCCUAUCCUAUUUAUUCUAUCUUGGUGGAUUUCGACAAUUCUUUUGGACAACAACGUCUAGUAUCCGCACAUCAAGUAACCAUCCUGACAACACCCGAACCGCUUACGUUCUAUAUCAACGGUUCUCGCCAAGCUGAAUGCACCCGUACGUCAGUAUAGCUCUUCAAUAGAGCUGUUAAGAGGGUACAGUGACUGUACGAGAGAAGGUAGUCAUAUCUCUCUUAUUCAGUAGGAUUAAACAGGGCUAUCCAGCAGCUUGCCAUCGGGAUCGAACAAGAACACAGGAAAUGGUCAACAUGACGGUCGCACACGAUUCCCUCCGGGGGUCUUCGAUACCUCAAGCUAACAAGCUGCCCCUUGAGGAUCGAUUCGAAGUUUUGAAGGAGAUCGGUGAUGGAAGUUUUGGUAGUGUGGUUCUAGCAAGGGUUAGGACUGCUGGUUCGAGCGUAGCUCGCCGUGGCACUGUGGUUGCUAUUAAGACUAUGAAGAAGACCUUCGAGUCCUUCACACCGUGUCUUGAGCUUCGAGAGGUUGUUUUCCUAAGGACAUUACCGCCGCACAGCCAUUUGGUUCCCGCUCUUGAUAUUUUCCUCGAUCCGUUCACCAAGAAACUCCAUAUAUGUAUGGAGUACAUGGAAGGAAAUUUGUAUCAGCUUAUGAAAGCCCGCGAUCACAAGUGCCUCGACAACGCAAGCGUCAAGAGCAUCUUGUUUCAGAUUAUGCAAGGUCUCGAACAUAUCCACGCCCACCACUUUUUCCAUCGCGAUAUUAAACCCGAGAAUAUUCUUGUCACGACAUCUGCACACCAAGACUCUGUUAACUCUUUCAGACGGUAUUCAGCAUUGAUGACGCCGCCAUCUACGCCUCCGGCAUACACUGUGAAGAUUGCUGAUUUCGGUCUGGCAAGAGAGACGCAUUCCAAGUUACCUUACACAACAUAUGUAUCGACGCGAUGGUAUCGUGCUCCGGAAGUACUACUGCGAGCCGGUGAAUAUUCUGCACCUGUAGAUAUUUGGGCCGUUGGUGCCAUGGCGGUCGAAAUUGCAACAUUGAAGCCUCUUUUCCCAGGAGGUAACGAAGUUGAUCAGGUUUGGAGGGUUUGCGAGAUUAUGGGUAGUCCCGGAAACUGGUAUAACAAGGCGGGCGCUCGAGUAGGUGGAGGAGACUGGAGAGAAGGAACACGACUGGCUGGAAAGCUUGGGUUUUCCUUCCCGAAGAUGGCACCGCACUCAAUGGACACGAUACUUCAGGCACCUCAAUGGCCCGCGUCUCUCAGCCAGUUUGUGACUUGGUGUUUGAUGUGGGACCCGAAGAGCCGGCCAACAUCGACCCAGGCAUUGGCUCAUGAAUAUUUCACAGAUGCAGUUGACCCAUUACGACCUAAGUCGUCAGCAUCGAGGAUACUAGGUCGGAAGCAAUCCGACAUAAGCCGUGGGAAAGACACUGCUUCCGGGACGCCAACUUCAUCAAAGCCCUCCUGGUUCAGAAAAUCGUUAAUCGGCCGCAACGAUACCACGGAAAGUCCACCUGCGCCUAUCAGUGUGAAGGAUAUAGUUGCGGCUCCGCGUCCAUCGCCAAUUCAUUCACCCGAACCCGCGGAAGUUCCUGCUGCCAAACCGAGGCCAGCCGCUGGUAAGCGCACUACAUGGACUAAUGGGCCAUCGAAUGUUGCUCCCAUGCCGAUUUUGCCUACGAUCCGACCUAUUUCGCCCUUGUCGGAUGCUGUGACUGCUCAGGCGUCGAACCGCACCCCCUCGUAUAAUGAUCUAUAUGCCAGCGGAAACGACAAAUCUAAAAAGAUCGGGCGCCAGCUCUCGGUAGCCUCAGCCACAAACCAUUAUACUGAGAUGCACCGGCAACAAGCUGAACGGGCUCUGAAUGGCGGCAGUGGGCUAGCUUCACCGCCGAGUGGGCACAAAGAAAGCUUCUUUUCCCAUCUACGCAAGCGAGCUAGGAGGUUCUCUGGUAGGCAUCAAACUCCUGCUUCGCCUUCGUAUGAGGACCUCGAGGCACAGGCAGGCUGUGGGCCUUGGUCUAGCAAUCGAUCUUCAAUGGUCAUUGACCAGAACGCAUCUACGGCGAAGGUGGACAAUUACGAAUCGUUAGAUCGCACUUUACACGAUUCCCAUAAUUCCGCGCUGAGUACUCCCGCACCGCCUAUUCAUAUGGCUGUGUCAAGUGGCAACUUGAAGCGACAUCAUUCAUUACCUCAUCAGCAACCUAGAUCUGUUGAUAACCUUAUCGGGGUUGCUCGUACGCCUGGGCCGAUUUCUAGCCGAACGAGGAGAGCGCAAGCAACUCACGGCGUGCAGAGCGACGCCUUGGACGAGGAAGAUGAGCUGCUAGACGAAGCACUUCACUCUACCCAUAAAGCCAUGAAGCGACUCGAGAAGGAAGGAAAGGCCAAUCUUCGACAAUCAGCCAGUAAUGUUGGGCUCUCGAACCCGUAUCCGACACCGUCCCCAUCAGCUAGUGGAAAUGCCGUGCUUUUCGGGGAUGGCCAUGAAUCCCUAGCACCCAAGCCGUUAGACCUACGCAAAAAUUCGGGACGAGAUGGUCAGAAUAAGUGGCCUACUCCUCCGUACGAAGAAGGCGAGUGGGCAUCUUCGGCGGCUGCAAGCAUUUGGGCUGCUGGCAACAGAUUCUAAACAUUUCGAUUGGUAUUGGUUGUUUCACAUGUUCCUCAUGGCACGGUGUUAGGAGUUCAUUUUGGGUUCUACGGAGUCUUACAGCAUUAUAUUUUGCAGCGCUCAUUUUCCAGCAUACUUUCCGAUCUUGGCUCGAUUUCCGCUCGUCGAUCUGGAGUCCGAUUCGACAUUUGGCCAGUCCAG